UAAAUAGCCUACUUUCUUUUAAUCGUCUUCAUUGAUAUCUCAGACUCAUGAACCUCUCCAACUUUACAAUUUUGUUUAACAUUUCCCAGCUUUAAAAAUUUACUACCAUAUCACAUAUCUCUACUAGUUAGUUAAAGAAAAUGUCUACCUCUAUGAAAGAGGAAGGGCUAGAAGAAGAAGAACAAACAGUUCCACAGCGCACACUUAAAAGACACGACUCGUUGGAUAUUGAGUCGCGUAAAUUUGCGGGUCAUAGUAAUGGUCGGAAUGCCGAUAAUAAAAGCUGGUCGGUGAUAUUGAUACUAGCAUUCCAGAGCAUAGGGAUUGUUUACGGUGAUAUUGGUACGUCGCCGACUUAUGUUUAUCAGAGCGCCUUCUAUAAUGGGAUUAGGCAUAAAGACGAUGUUUAUGGUGUUCUUGGGAUUAUUCUUUAUACCAUCACUUUGCUUCCUUUGGUUAAGUAUGUUCUUAUCGUUUUAAGGGCUACUGAUAAUGGUGAAGGAGGGACAUUUGCAUUAUAUUCACUCAUUUGCCGAUAUGCCAAUGUUGGUUUCACUCCAAGUGAGGAAGCUGAGGAUAGGGAAGUCUCAAAUUUCCAACUUCCCACCCCGUCUGGGGAAUCAAUUCUUAAGUCUAAAUUAGAAAGUAGCAAAUUUGCCAAGUAUUUCCUUUUGUUUGCCACCAUGCUUGGCACUUCUAUGGUCAUCGGUGACGGUAUCCUCACUCCUUGCAUCUCAGUUCUUUCCGCAGUCGGAGGUAUCAAACGAGCUCAUGAGAGUAUGACAAAUGAUAUUAUUGUUUGGAUUUCAGUGGUGAUCUUAGUUAUCCUCUUUUCGGUUCAAAGAUUUGGAACUCAGAAUGUGAGCUACGUUUUUGCUCCACUGCUUUCUCUGUGGAUGCUACUUAUAGGUGGAAUUGGACUCUACAAUAUCCUCCAUCAUGAUCCAACAAUUAUCAAAGCUAUUAAUCCACGAUACAUUAGGGACUACUUUAAGAAGAACAAGAAGGAAGCUUGGAUUUCUCUUGGCGGUUGCAUACUAUCAAUAACAGGAACUGAAGCAUUGUUCGCCGAUGUUGGUCACUUCACUGUUACUUCUAUUCGGAUAAGCACUUGUUGUUUAAUUUACCCGUGUCUCGUGCUGUCAUACUCUGGACAAGCUGCUGUUCUUCAUCUACACAACGAUUAUGCUUCUGAUUCUUUCUACAAGUCUGUCCCAGACCCUAUGUAUUGGCCAACGUUCGUUAUGGCUGUACUGGCAUCGAUCAUUGCAAGUCAGUCACUGAUUUCUGGGACUUUCUCUAUGAUCCAACAGUCUCUCUCCCUAGGCUGCUUUCCCCGUGUGACGAUUGUGCAUACAUCACCAAAAUAUGAAGGACAAAUCUAUGUUCCGGGAGUCAAUUUUCUACUAAUGCUGGCUUGUGUUGCAGUCACUCUAUGUUUUAGAUCUACUACUCAUAUUGGCAAUGCUUAUGGAAUAGCGGUGGUAUUUGUGAUGGUACUCACAUCUUCCUUUACUGUGUUAAUCAUGAUCAUGAUAUGGAGAACUCACAUACUACUUAUAAUCUCCUAUGUUGUUGUUAUUGGAUUCAUGGAGCUUAUUUAUCUAAGUUCGGUCCUCUACAAAUUCAAUCAAGGAGGUUAUCUUCCACUUGCAUUUUCGGCCAUAUUGAUGAUGAUAAUGUUCGUUUGGAAUGAUGUGUAUAGAAAGAAGUACAAUUACGAGCUUGUUAACAAAAUUUCUUCUGAGAAGAUUAACAAUAUAAUUAGCAAUGACACACAUGUUAGCCGAGUACCUGGCCUAGCCGUGUUCUAUUCAGAGAUUGUUCAAGGCAUCCCACCAAUUUUCAAGCAUUAUGUUGAAAAUGUCCCUGCAUUGCACUCUGUUCUUAUAUUUGUCUCCAUCAAAUCUCUCCACAUCAGCACGGUUAGACCAGAGGAACGAUUUCUGUUUCGCAGAGUUCAUCCUAGGGACCUCAACGUGUAUCGCUGCGUUGCAAGGUAUGGAUACACGGAUAUGGGAAAGGAUCAACAACCAUUUGAAGUAAUGUUGGUUGAGAAACUGAAGGAAUAUAUAAAGGAAGAAAUUUGGCCAAUUGAAAUGCAAAGAAAUGAAGAUGUAGAUGAGAAUAAUGAGGAAAGGAGACGUGAAAACCAAAAGGCUAGAAAGGAAGCUUUGGAGAGGGAGAUUGAGACUAUUGAUAAAGCAUUUUCAGCUGGAGUUGUACAUUUGAUUGGUGAGAAUGAAGUGGUGGCUAAGAAAGGAGCUAAUAUAGCCAAGAAAGCCUUGAUUAAUCAUGCUUAUAAUUUGUUGCAACGGAAUUUGAAAGUAGGUGAUAAAGCAAUAGUUGAUAUUCCUCAUAAGCGAAUGCUAAAAGUGUGCAUGACUUAUGAGCUUUAGGAAUGCUACAAGUGUGCAUGACUUACUUAGGAAAAACAAAAAAAAAGGAAAAUAAAAAAAUGUGUGCACGACUUAUGUGCUUUAGGACAUCUCUGUAUGCACAAGCUUUUUCAUUUUAUUUUUUUUUUCUUAUGUUAGUUAUUGAAUUUAGCUACCCAAAUUUUU